UCAACGUCUUCAUCAUCAUCAAAUAUUAAUAUAAAAAAUAAUGAUAAUUAUCAUGAUGAUGAUGAUGAUAUUAUUGUACAUGAUAUAAUUCUAUCGAAAACAAAAGAUUUACGUAAAAAAGUUUUUAGAAAACGUCGUAGUAAUGAUGGAAUUCGAUCGAAUCAUAAAUCAAAACAACAAGAGCAACAGCAGCAGCAACAACAACAACAACAACAACCUGUAAAAGAAUCAAACAAUUAUUAUUCAACAUAUCGCCCAGAAUGGAUGAUUGAUCAACGUGAUUGUACAGUAUGUUUAGAACCAUAUGAAUCGGAACAGAUUAUAAUGGGAUUAGCUUGUGGACAUAAUUAUCAUCAACCAUGUAUUGCACAAUGGCUUUGUCGUGGUAAUCAUCGUUGUCCAAUAUGUCGUUGGCCAUCAUAUCGUUUACAACAUCCACGUCAAUAUCAAUAUCAAAAAAAUCAACAACAACAACAACAACAAAUGUUAUUUAAACAUAAUCAAUAUCAUACAGCUUUGAAUGAUAUAAGUUAAUUUAAAAUAAAAAUUUCGGUCAUUUUUGUUUU